AUGGUGUUUGAUGCCAGUGGCAAGCUCCCAGACGGCAUUCUGGUGGGUAACCUGAACGUGUUCGGCAGCAGAGACGAGUGUUUUCUGGUGAAGGCGAGCCUGGAUAACGACACGUACCCAGAUCUGGACGACCAGGAGCUCCAGUUCACCGGUCGGUAUGUGCCAGUGACGGUGGCACCUGCCCCUGUGCCGUCGGUUGGUGACGAGGAGGUCGGCGGAUGGCGGCAGGAAGGGGAUGACGGCCUUGGUACCAUCUUCAUCCUCCCAACACUGGGAAUACCUACCGGGGUGAUCGGCCUGUGUGUGCCGUCCAGCUGCUCCAGCGUGGAUGUGCAGACGGGUCUCCAGAGCAUGCUGGGGGACAACGUCACGGUGACGGCCUUCACGUCCGAGGUGGCCGACCAGACGGUGGACCUGCAGCCGGCCGACAUCGUGGUCAUCACGCUGCUGGCGCUGGUCGGCGUCCUGCUGCUGGUCGGCACGGCGCUGGACGUGUGGCUCGGAUACCGGGCCGAGCGGCAGGCCGACAAGCUCAGGAUGACGUCCGUCGUGGACAGUCCCAACUCGCGGCUGCCACAGAUGCUCCAUGUCGUCGAGCCCAAGCCAGCCACGAUGCAACAGAGAAAGCCGCCCGUCCUGGCCAACUGGCAAAGAGUCCUGGUCGCAUUUUCCCUUUACACCAACACCAAAAAGCUGCUGGAUACGUCUACAAGUAAAGGGACGCUGAGGUGUAUCCAUGGCAUUCGCUUCUUUUCUAUGACGUGGGUGCUUCUGGGGCAUGCUGCGUCACAAAUUACUUCGUAUGACCAAAACUUCUUCGUCGCAUUGGAUUGGUUCAAAACAGUUGCGUUUCAAGUGAUUGAUAACGCGACGCUAAGUGUGGAUACAUUCUACUUGUUAUCAGGGGUCGUGCUAGCUUACAGUUUUUGUGGAGCCUACGAGAAAAGAAGAAAGUUUAACGUUUUCAUGUUUUACCUUCACCGAUAUUUGCGUCUGACACCACCGAUGGCAAUCAUGGUUGCUAUUAAUGCCACCAUAUUUGUGUACUUUGGAAGCGGUCCUCUUUGGCCUCGGAUGGUGGAACCACAACAAGACAUUUGUCAAAAAGACUGGUGGCGUAAUCUGCUCUAUAUCCAGAACUUUACCCCGAUCGAGGAAGAGUGCUUGGCUCAAACCUGGUACCUGGCCACAGACAUGCAAAUGUUCUUGGUUUCUCCAGUAAUUUUGCUUCCUCUUGUGUGGAAACCUCUGUGGGGGGCUCUUUGGCUCGGGUUCCUCACUGUUGCCUUUCUUUCUUUGCGGAUAGCUAUAUGGAGCACCAAAAACCUGCCUCCUACGCUUUUCUCAUUUAAUGUUCCUGAUGUUGAGGCAGCCGAGGAAAUGGUGACUCAGUAUGCAUAUCCAUGGAUGCGCUGCACAGUCUGGCUGACUGGGAUCGGUCUCGGCUACCUACUCCACAGGCUGCGCGGCCGCCAGAUCACCCUGAAGCCGUGGCUCUGGCUGUCCGGCUGGGUCGCAGCCUUCGCCAUCGGUAUCUCGGUGAUAUUCGGCAUGAUUGGAUAUCAAAUGCCCUGGCAAGAGUUCAGCAAAGCCGUGGCCGUGUCCUAUGGAGGACUCAACCGCACCGCGUGGGGCGUGGCAGUCGGCUGGGUCAUCUUUGCCUGUGUCACCGGCUACGGCGGGCCCAUCAACACGUUCCUCUCCUACCCGGGCUUCAUUCCGCUCAGCCGGCUCACGUACGCCGGAUAUCUUAUCCACAUCAACGUUUUAACCCUCGUAGACGGCUCUGUGAAGAGUACUGUCUACGUCGAUUCGUAUCGCUUCACGUACCAUCUUCUUGCCCACGUUGUGGUCAGUUUCGCCGCAGCCAUGCUCCUUUCGCUAACAUUUGAGGUUCCUUUCAUUAACCUCGAAAAAAUCAUGUUUGAGCCGAAAAAAUCAACUGCGGGUCUGAGCGGCGCACCUUUACCACCUGCCGAGUCUGAUUUAUCUUCUGAUAAAUUGACGAAUUCUCCGGGACCAGAACAGGAAGCUGGGCAGACCAGCAAGGAAUAGA